GCCGAACAGUCAUUCCUGAAAGAUUCUCUCCUACAAGUGGUUGAUAGUGCGGUUGAUAGUGAUUUGCGAUAGUAGUACAGAAGAUACAUCCGGAUAAGUUUCGAUAAAGAGUUUCCGAUUUGUGGACAAUCUACGAUCAAAAUAUGACGAAAACGGCAAUUAUCCCCAUAAUGAUUUUGGCCAUGGUUGUUUGCUGCAUGGGACAAACAUUUCAAUAUUCUCGUGGUUGGACUAAUGGCAAACGUUCUGAUACGCAUGCUGACGAAAGCACUGAACUGAUGAUUGACGCUGAUUGGGAAAAGAAACUGGAGAAAUGUCUCUACACAUUGCAACGGAUAACACAAUUUCCGUAUAUGAGAAACAUGUUGUUAACGGCUAACAGAAAAUACACAGGACAUCAUCAAAUACCAAUUGAAGAUGGAGAUGAGAUUUCAGGACAAGGUCUGUAUGGGACAAGACUGAAGCGACGCGUUAACAGCAUGCCCGCUUAAAUGGCUAACCACUGAAUUAGACCGUGUACGAUAGACUCAUGACUCUUUCCGAAUAAAAAUGAUGUAAAAUACUGACUUAUGUCUUCUUCGAUUAUAUGGAAUAAAAUUAAAGGAUUUCAGUAAUUGGCAGAUUUAAACGUUUUAAUAAGUUCCGGCGUGUGUGCAGAUCUUAAUUGUUGUAAGAAAUUGAAAAUCUAAAAUAAAAACUAUUAAAAUUUAA